UUAAAUCGUCAUCAUAUACUUAUUUUCUGACAAGUGUCCUUUUAUUGAUUCUUUGACAGAGCGUUACAAACAUUAUUUCAGCACUUAAAUUUUAACAUUUAAAGUGAAAAAUUUGAAGAGUUUUGAAAUGGCAUCGAGUGAAGCUACAUCAGCACAAAUAAGCAUGGAAGAAAACGAAAAAUUAUUAAGCACCUACAAGGACAGUAAACACACAAUAAAUUUUAAUGAUAAAAGUGCAGUAAACGAUUUUAUAAAUGCAGAGUCAGGGAGAUUUAAUGUAAAUCCUACACAAGUACUCCCAACUCAACAUGCUGUCUUAAUUGAACCUGAGAGUAUCAAUGCUCCUCUGACACCAGAAAGUUCUGACAGUAAAACUGGUACUUCAGAAAGUAAUUUGAUGCUUAUCGACAAUGUUAAUGGUCACCAAAACGUCGGAUUAGAGGUUAAUGAUGAAAGUAGAGGUGCACCAAACAAAGUUUUGGAUAAAAAGGUCUCAACUACAAAUUUUGAUGAUAAUUUGCCAAAUACUGUAACGUUAUUGACAACUCCUGAAGGAAGUAAAUGUUAUCUAGUGGGAACUGCACAUUUCAGUAUUGAGAGUCAAAAUGAUGUUGCCAAGGUGAUACAAGCUGUACAACCACACAUAGUGAUGGUUGAGCUUUGCAAAGAUAGAAUCCAUGUCUUACAAUUGGAUGAAAAAACCAUUCUGGAAGAGUCUAAAAAUUUAAAAAUGAAUAAAAUUUUAAAUGUCAUUAAGCAACAUGGUGCAUAUAAGGGAUUGUUUUAUCUUUUACUUUUAAAUUUGUCUGCACAUCUCACAAAGGUACUUGGUAUGGCACCAGGUGGAGAAUUCAGAACAGCUUUUAAUGAGGCCAAAAAAAUUCCAAACUGCCUUGUUCAAAUGGGAGAUAGACCUAUAAAAAUAACAUUUGCCAGGGCUUUUAAUUCAUUAAGCUGGUGGCAAACCAUAAAACUCAUAUGGCAUCUGUUGAGAGAAAAACAACCAAUCAGUCAAGAAGAUAUAGAAAAAUACAAAUGCAGAGAUUCUUUGGAACAAAUCAUGGCUGAACUCGUUGGAGAGUAUCCGGAAUUGGGUGAAGUUUUUGUUCAUGAAAGAGACUUAUUUUUAACCCAUUCUCUCCAAUUGGCCUGUCGGCCUAGACUUGUACAACCUAAUCAGUUAGUACCUGUGAAAGUAGUUGGCGUCGUUGGUAUUGGCCACACCUUAGGAAUUGUAGAAAAUUGGGGGAAAGUAGAUCGAUCUCAGAUAGUUCCAAUCAUGAGCAUACCACCAACUUCUAUGACAACCAAGGUUUUGAAAUUAACGUUCAAAGCUUCGAUUGUGGGAGUAAUUUUUUACGCAGGUUAUAAAAUUGCACCCGUUUCCGUAAACGUCAUACAAUCAAUAAAGUCAUCGGUAGAAGGGCUUAUCAAGUCAUUUUUAACAUACUGCGGUCUGCGCAUUGACGAUUAAACAUAGUAAGCAUGGGUGAUGAUGGCGAUGAUGCGACGACUCGACCCGACGAGUACGAGCAUCAUCCGCAAUCAGGUAUUAUAUA